UACAACCAACCACCUCCACCAGUGGCCACUCCGAAACCCAACUUCCAUCCGUUAUUGUUCCCUGAUAUUAUUUUCCAGGAAAAAUUUAAAAAAAGAAAAAAGAAAGAAAGAAAGGAAAUUUCUCUUUCUUUCUCUCUUUUCUCGUUCACCGUCGAUUGAUAUCUCAACCGUUGAUUUUUUAUCCUCAGAUUGGGCCUCCGUCUUGAUCUUGAUCGCUAUCAUGGAGGUCCGGUCCAACCCCACCGCCGACAAUUCCUCCGGGACGCCGCCGGCGAAUGGUAACCUUCGUACACCCGGCGUUCCGUCGAAGCAGCCGCUUGCUUCUCCUCACCCCGUUGACACCACCUCUGUGUCUCAGAGACUCCAGAAGGAAUUAAUGGCUCUCAUGAUGAGUGGAGGCGAUCUUGGAGUUUCGGCUUUUCCUGAUGGUGAGAGUAUUUUUACAUGGAUUGGCACAAUUGAAGGUGGAAAAGGAACUUUGUAUGAGGGUUUAUCUUAUAAACUCUCCUUACGUUUUCCCCUGGACUAUCCUUUUAAGCCACCCCAAGUGAAGUUUGAAACGAUGUGCUUUCAUCCAAAUGUUGACCAGUUUGGCAACAUUUGUCUGGACAUCCUUCAGGACAAGUGGUCUUCAGCUUAUGAUUGCAGAACUAUUCUUCUAUCUAUUCAAAGUUUAUUGGAAGAACCUAAUCUGGAGAGUCCUCUAAACAGCUAUGCUGCAGCACUUUGGAAUGAUAAGGAAGAUUACAGGAGAAUGAUCCACAAACAGUAUUUUGCUGGAGAAGCACAUGAAAGCUGAUUGAUACAAUUUCAAAGCAAGACAAAUUAUUAGUUUCUGCACAGUAGUUGUAAACGUUUGUCUGAAGAAAAAUUCUACAGCAAGUAUGUCCAUUUUUUUGUAAUUUGAUUUGAUAUUGGAACCUGAAAUUGAGAGUUCAGAAGUCCUCUGCAAGUGUUUUGAUAACUUUGUGAAUAAAAUCUGUAAAAAAUUUCAUUGCAAGAGUGCUAAAUCACUCAACGGCAUCUUGUGAUAUUUUUUCACCUGGAUCAUAU